AUGGACGUGUUUCUCAUGAUCCGGCGCCACAAGACCACUAUCUUCACGGAUGCCAAGGAGUCAACUACCAUAAUCGAGCUGAAGCACAUCAUUGAGAGGAUCCUUAAGCGGCCAGCGGAUGAGCAGCGGCUGUACAAGGACGACCAGCUCCUUGAUGAUGGGAAAACUCUGGGUGAGUGUGGCUUCACUUACCUGACAGCAGAGCCACAGGCCCCAGCCACAGUGGGCCUGGCCUUCCAAGAGGAUGAUGCCUUCGAAGCCCUGCACAUUGAGCCCUUCUCCAGCCCUCCAGAGCGUCCAUAUGUGAUGAAGCCACAGGAUUCUUGA